AUGCAGCUUGUGAGGGGGCUCGGCAGGGCGAUUGCCCAGGUAGCUUACUUUGACUCGCUGGCUACCAACCGCAUCGACCCUUGUGUGCUCGACGCCAUGAUGCCCUACCAAACGGUGGUGUUUGGUAACCCGCAUUCCAAGAACCAUUAGUUUGGUUGGGUCGCUGAGGAGGGCGUUGAAAGGGCCAGAAAGCAAAUCGCCAACCUCAUCAACGCCAACGAAAAGGAAAUCAUCUUUACUUCGGGUGCCACCGAGGCCAACAACAUGGCUUUGAAGGGGAAUGCAAUCCAGAGCAGCACUAUCAUGGCGACCGUCAUGUGUGUCAAUAACGAGAUCGGAGUCAAACAGGAUCUCAAGGCCUUAGGGCAGAUCUGCAGGAAGCAUAAAGUCUUUUUCCAUUCGGACUGCGCCCAAGCUUAUGGUAAAAUUCCGAUUGAUGUCGAGGCGAUGAACUUGGACCUUAUGUCGAUCUCAGGACACAAGAUUUAUGGGCCGAAGGGGGUCGGCGCUUUGUACGCCAGGAGAAAGCCAAAGAUCAGAAUGCAUCCCUUGUUUAACGGGGGAGGCCAAGAACGGGGUCUAAGGUCAGGCACGGUGGCUCCCGCCCUGGCAGUCGGGCUGGGCCAAGCCUCCCAAAUCGCCCAAGACACCAUGUAAUUCGAUCGACAGCACAUCUAAAAGCUCGAACAAAAAGUCCUACAGGAAAUUAGCAGCUGGUAAAAGAUAAAGAUCAACGGCUCUCUCACCCAGAAAAUCCACGGCUGCCUCAACUUUUCAAUCGCGGGGGUGGAGGGAGAAAGCCUGAUGAUGGCGAUCAAGCAGUACGCGGUCAGCUCCGGCAGCGCCUGCACAAGCGCCUCUCUAGAACCGUCUUAUGUCCUGCGUGCCCUCAAAAUCGAGCCCGAACUCGCACACACUUCAAUCCGGGUGGGCAUAAACCGCUUCACCACCGAGUCAGAAGUCGACCGCUUCAUCCAGGACCUCAAAGCCUCCGUUCACAAACUCCGCGAGCUGAGCCCGCUCUGGUAGAUGAUAAAGGAGGGCAUCGACCUCAAAGACAUAAAAUGGUCGUAG